GCCUCUCUUGCACAGAGAUCCAACAACGCAACAACAACGUCCGCUUGAAGAACCCUUACUCCGCCGAUCCCUCUUACUUCCAACUAUGGCGGCGGUGCCUGACUACACCGCCGUAAACGAAACCCCAGCCGCAGCCGAUGCCGAGCCCAUGGCCGAGGCCCCUUCCUCACCCACUGCCGAGGUCGAUACCGAGCAGAACGACGCCGACGCCGACGUCGGCGCCGAGGAGGCAGCGGAAGCCGCCGCUGAGGAGGAGGCAGCGCGAGACGAGGCUCCUCCUGAGGCGGGCGCUUCGGUCCAAGGGGGCGGCGGUCUGGAGGUCAAGAAGUGGCCGGGGUGGCCAGGCGACAACGUGUUCCGCCUCAUCGUGCCCUUGCUGAAGGUGGGGAGCAUCAUUGGCCGCAAGGGGGAGCUUAUCAAAAAGCUCUGUGAGGAGACCAAGGCUCGCGUUCGGAUUCUUGAAGGGCCUAUCGGCAUGAAUGAUCGCAUUGUUCUGAUAUCUGGAAAAGAAGAACCAGAAGCUGAGAUAUCUCCUGCUAUGGAUGCUGUGGUGAGAAUAUUCAAACGUGUAAAUGGUAUUUCAGAUAUCGCAGCUGAUGGCACAAAUUUGGGAUCUGCUGCACCUGGUACAUGUUCAGUUCGGUUGUUGGUGGCUGCAUCACAAGCUGUGAAUUUGAUUGGAAAGAAAGGUGAAGCGAUCAGGACAAUUCAGGAGAGUAGCAAUGCCACUGUACGGGUGCUAACAGGAAGUGAGUUGCCACUCUAUGCUGCUCCAGAUGAAAGAACUGUAGAAAUACAGGGUGAACCAAUUAAAGUCCUCAAAGCCCUUGAAGCAGUUAUUCAACAUCUCCGGAAGUUUUUGGUAGAUCACAGUGUACUUCCUUUGUUUGAGAAGAGUUAUAAUGCACCUGUUAUGCAAGAUCGAUCAGUAGAUGCAUGGGGUGAGAACACACGGUCCUUGAGCCACACUGUGCAACAAUCUUCAAUAUGCAAUGAUUAUGGGCUUCCUCUGAAGCACGACUCUUAUUUUUAUGACCACGAACCUCAAUUAGAUUCACAAAUACCACAUAGUGGACUCGCAUUAUAUGGACAGGAUCCUGCUGUCCCUGGUUUACGUUCUUCAGCACUAGGGCGCUCUGGCAGUGCUUUAGAGGUCACACACAAAAUGCAGAUUCCACUUAUGCAUGCAGAGGAUAUUAUUGGGCUUGGAGGGGGCAAUAUAGCAUACAUUCGGCGCAGUAGCGGAGCAUUUAUUACUGUUCAGGAGACGAGAGGUUUGCCUGAUGAAAUAACUGUUGAAAUUAAAGGCACGACCUCACAGGUUCAUCUUGCUCAACAGCUCAUUCAGGAAUUUAUUGCGGGGCGCAGAGAACCUCUGUCGAGCAGCUACGAGGGGCUUGAUACAGGCUUGAGGUCAAGUUACUCGCAGUUGGCCAGCCCAGCUUAUCGGUCUUCAUCUCAUGCAUCGCAAUCCUACGGUAGUGGAUAUCGUUCCUCCGGACUGGGAGGGGGAGGGGGAUACGGCGGGUAUAGGCUCUAAGAAGAGGCACUCAACUCCAUGGUUGAUAUCCUGCUUUUGGAGAAGCAGAGCGGGAUGCCAACCACACCUGCACAAAGACUCUUCUAUGUUACUUGGGAAGUUCAGAUCAAGGAGCGAAUUUGUUGGAGCUUCUGUUUCUUAAUCAAUUAAAGUAAUAUCCUCCCUGCUAGUCUGUGUUAAGGCUGUCAGAUAACGAUACUGUUUUGGCAACAUUAAUUUCAGCGAAGAACUGCUAAUUGUGGUACCAUUCUGCUAUUAGUAAUUUUACUUGAGACA